AUGUCCUUUGGGUCGGACGACCUGACGAUGGGCGAACCUCAGAGGCCGAGCUUCCACAUUGGCAACCACGACUCGAGCCGAGACGGACCUCUGAGUGACCUGCAAUACGGCCAUCUCCUCAACCAAGGUAUCACUUUCGCUACGACGCCUAUUACCAAUGGGCAUUUCAAAGCCAGAGUGUUCCAGAUAGUGUCAGAUCAUCUUUCUCUUUUGGAAAGGAACGCCGAGGCUUCGACAAGCACCAAGACAGCAUCGCGUGCUGAUCCCAUCGUCACGCCCUUGGUCCCGCACGAGACAGGCCUGUUUCCUUCGCCAGCGGUCAGCACGUACACUGCAUACGUCAGCCCGUGGAUCGAUCUGUGCUCCGCCAACCCGUUUAUUGCCAGCAUCUCGCGCCAAGUCUUGAAUCUCGAGGUCAACUAUGCCAGCUUCUGCGGUGUGAGAAGCAUCGUCAUUGCCGGUCCUGGUCGCGAUGCCUCUGCAGACGGUGGCAACCAGGCUCUGGCUCAGUACUCCCGCGCUGUGCAGGAAGCCCUCACUGUAGGAAGCUCUCUGACUUUCCUGAUCCACAUGCCCAUGUACCGCGAACCCGCAGCAGGUCAGACGGUUGAGACUCUGUCGUCCUUGCAAAGACAGGCAUCUGGUGCGAAACCUGCGGCUAGGGAGGUCGAUCUCUUUGCCGCGUGGUCAUCUUGGCACCAUGUAAGAAGCACUUGCAAGUACAAUUUGCGGCUUUUCGUCGCUCUUCAAAUCCCCAGAGUGGUGCCCGAGAAGGAUUUGCAAAACCGAUGGUUUGCAGAACCGCUGCACUAUUUGACCAUGGGCCCGGAUGUGUUCCAGAAGAACAAGAGUGGGUUCCCAGCUCUGUCGAAGCACCACCAACAAAUGAUCUUCGCCUACAUGAGGUUGAAAGCAGUGCCCUGGAUCCUCCUGUGCAACGUUGGGCCAGAUGCUUCGACAUUCAAGGCAGACGACGUCUCGGUGCUGUCCUCUGGCAACCGGCCUCCACUGACGGACGAGAAUUUCCCUGCUCUGGGAGAUGCCCACAGCCGUACCGCCGCCGUCUCCCAGGAGCCAUCAGCACGCCCUGGUGCAGAUGCUCACAUGGCGUACUUGCAGUGGCUGCAAAGCCAACAGCCCCCUUUCACGGCCCUGGAGUCGCCCACGUUGACGAGCUUCCAAGACUGGUUGCAGUCACCCCUCCAGCCCCUGUCGGACAAUCUCGAGUCAGCCACUUAUGAAGUGUUCGAAGGCGAUCCUGUCAAGUACGACCGGUACGAGGCUGCUGUGAUUGAAGCAUUGUCUGAGUGGAGGGAACUCAACCUGCCGACGUCGAAGAAGGGCGCCGUCGUCAUAGCCGUCGCCGGAUCCGGAAGAGGACCGUUGGUCACCCGAGCUUUACAGGCCGCAAGCUAUACCAAGGUCGAUGUGGAAAUCUGGGCCGUGGAAAAGAACCCAAAUGCCUAUGUUUACCUGCUGCGCCAGAACGAGACCCUGUGGAAUGGCAAGGUGCACGUCGUCAAGACUGAUAUGCGAGCCUGGAAAGGUCCCGUCAUCUCCGACUCGGCAGAAACGGGGCCCGUCUACGGCAAGGUAGAUGUGUUGAUUUCCGAACUGCUAGGAUCGUUUGGAGACAACGAGCUCUCUCCCGAGUGCCUAGACGGGAUUCAGCACGUCAUGGCCAAGCCCCACGGGAUAUCCAUACCGCAUUCCUACACGGCUCACAUCAGCCCCAUCUCCACGCCGAAGCUGUACGGGGAAAUACUGGCUCGGUCUGCGACUGAGGCGACAGCGUCCAGCACACCGUGGGUCGUCAGGCUCUUUGCCCUCGACUUUGUCUGUCAAAAGGUCCCCGGGCACCCGAGGUUUCAGCUAGCAUGGGAGUUUUCGCAUCCCGUCCCCGAGUCUACCCUGGAAAGCGUCAACGUCAGGCGCUCUGGAGGCACCAUGGGGGGCGGCGGCGGAAGCAUGGCCGGCGCAGCGGGGGCAAACGACCACAACUCACGCUAUUGCCAUGUCACAUUUGUAUGCCGAACGCAAGGCGUCACGCACGGUUUGGCCGGGUACUUUGAGUCGACCUUGUACGAGUCCAAGCUGGAUGCCACAAAGGGAGACAAGGUCGAGAUUAGCACGCACCCGGAACGAAUCGACCAGAAGAGCAAAGACAUGAUUUCAUGGUUCCCCAUAUUUUUCCCUCUCAAGGAACCCCUCUCAUUCCCCGCCGACACCGAGCUAGAGGUCAGCAUGUGGCGGCAAACCGACGAUAGCAAAGUGUGGUACGAAUGGCAGAUGGAGGCGUGGACAUGGGUCGGCGAAACGAGUCGCGUCAAAGUCGGUUCGUCUGGUCUGUGUAGCAGCCGCCAGGUGGCGUGCUUGAUGUAG